AUGGUGCUCGCCUUCAGCACAGAGUCCCUUAACGGGCUCUGCUCUGAUGACCAACUUGAACUUCUGGACGCCAUCGACCAUCUACGCCUUCAGGGAAUCGACCAUUACAUCUCUCUGCCACAAAUCAUCGUGUGUGGUGAUCAGUCUUCGGGGAAGAGCUCCGUGCUUGAAGCUAUAUCAGGUGUUCCUUUUCCCGUCAAGAGUAAUCUCUGCACCUGUUUCCCAACAGAAUUAGUCCUCCGACGAACGCCCGAGACUGGAGUAACUGUCUCCAUCGUUCCCGAUUCUUCCUAUAACUCAACUGAGAAUGGCCUUCAUAAAUUUCAUGAGGAGCUCGACGGAUUUGAAGGGUUCCCCGACCUCGUCGAAAAAGCUAAGGUGGCCAUGGGAAUCACAACUUUAGGCAAAGCCUUCUCAAAAGAUCGCCUUCGCGUCGAGAUCACAGGACCCGACCGUCCUCAUCUCACAAUCAUCGACAUGCCAGGUCUCAUUCACUCAGAAACGAAGACACAAAGCAAGACAGAUGUUAGACUUGUUCGACAAGUGGUGAGGUCAUAUAUGAAACAGCCUCGAAGCAUCAUACUAGCUGUCGUUUCCGCCAAGAACGACUUUGCGAACCAAGCGGUCCUCAACUUUGCCCGAGAGGUAGACGAGAGAGGGAGUAGAACCAUGGGUGUGAUCACUAAGCCAGACUGUCUGGUUGAAGGAUCCGGAAGUGAAAAAGCCUUUAUUUCCUUGGCGAGAAAUAAUCAAGUCAAUUUCGACCUCGGUUGGCACGUUCUCAAAAACCUUGACUCGGAGACUCAAAAGGGCUCUUCACUCCUAAACCAGCGAAAUGUCGAGGAAGCUCGAUUUUUCUCCAGGGGUGCCUGGAAAGAACUUCCCCCAUCCAUGUUAGGGAUCAACGAGCUCAGAAAACGGCUUAGUGAUGUGUUGCUCAAACAAAUCGCCUUCGAGCUGCCGAGUCUCAUUCGCGAAAUUGAAUCGGGCUUAGAUGAAUCGCGCGAGAAGCUUAAGGAGCUUGGAGAACCGCGACGUACUUACGACGAGCAGCGGCUUCAGCUCCUCCAAGUCAGCCAAGGUUUUCAAUCUCUUGUUGAGGGCUCUGUCAGCGGGUCGUAUGACGAUCCCUUCUUCGAGGACGCCCAAUCAGAUAAGGGAUAUGAACAGCGAAUUCGUUCGGUAAUUCAAAACAUGAAUAAGGAGUUCGCCGAUGAAAUUACGGCACAUGGCCACCGACGUGAAGUUGGAAGCAAGUCCCAGACGCCAGAUCAAAAUCCAGAAUACGUCACGAGGGAAGUUUUCCUCGACCAUGUCCAGAGCAUGAUGCAAAGGACUCGAGGCCAAGAGCUACCAGGGAUAUUUAGUCCUCUUGUCGUAGCUGACCUAUUUAGGCAGCAAUCUUCUCCAUGGGAGGAGAUCGCACGGGGUCACGUCAAGAAGGCCUGGGACUCAGCUGUGAAAUUCCUCGAAUUGGUCAUUGAGCAUGUCGCAGACCCAUCGAUUAGCAAUUCUCUUCUUGAAAAAGUGAUCCGGCCUGCCUUGAAAACGUUACUUACGGAUGCUGAAGUUAAGACUGCUGAGUUGCUAAAAUCUCACCAUCGUGUCCAUCCGAUUACCUACAACCAGGAGUACGCGGAGACUAUUCAUUUCCCCGGCAGUCACUCCAGGGAGGAAAUAUCCAACAUUGUUCGCAGUUUCUUUGGCUUGUCUAGUAUCAGCAAUGGGAAUCAAUACUUGAACAACAAUAAUUAUAAUCUUAGCAGGCUUGUUGACAAUCUAUCUAAGCGGGUUGAACCUACUACCGAACGACUUGCAGCCUCUGAAGCACUUGACCGCAUGCUCGCGUAUUACUAUAUUGCCUUGAAACGUUUUAUUGACGGUAUCGCUAUUGAGGUCAUCGAGCAAAAGAUUCUUGUUCCUCUCUCCGAUAUCCUUUCCCCCGUAGCUGUCUUCAAGAUGCCGGCGAAGGUAGCAGAUCUCAUCGCUGGCGAGUCGUGGGAAAGCCGAUCGAAGCGACAGGACUUAACUAAGAAGAUCGAUGUUCUGCGAGAAGGGCUAGGUACAUGCGAACGAUUUGUCAGUUCGAGACUAAAGGAUGAACAAAAUUCUCAGCAGGAAGAGGCUGCAGGCGAAGACCUAGAUACUAGUGAUUUAUCUGUGGGGAUCCCGACUGCGAGCGACACGGAGGAGGCUGGGGUUGUUUGA